UGUGUGUGCGAGAGAUUUGAGAAGGCGCUUUGGUUUUUGAAAGCACUUUUACAUGACAUCCAUCGACUGUACGCUCACUGAAAAUCAGACAUCUUUUUUCUAUUCCAGGAGAUAGCACGCAUCAGCCAAUUCUGUGUGCGUUUCAUUUUGCAAAUACUUUUUUUGUCUGACAUUAUAAUUUAUGUUCAAAUUGAAAUAUUCAUGGAAACGGAAAAAUGUGAACAUUUGAAAAGUGAUUGGUGUAAUUUUUUAAAUUUUAAAAAUAAACAACGCUAUUUUUAUUGUGGUUAAUUUAGACGCAAUCAUUGUAGUUAUAAAUAGAUGUGACAACGCCCUUUAUAAAAAUCACCAUUAGUACUACUAUUAUCAAAGGAAAUGAUGUGAAAAGUAAAAAAAGUAAAUUUUCCAACAAGAAAAAAUACAGGAAGUUCUGUAUUUACCAAAAAAACGGAAAUUAUUACUUAAAAACGUGAAGAAAAAACAAAAACAAAAAUGAUUUGUUAUAAUUUGUAAAAGAUAAAAAGGAAAGUGAAUUUUCGGAAGGUUUCGACAAUUGUUACGUAACAUUGUAAAAAGAGCAUUGUGUAUAUAUUGUGAGGAGGGUGUGAUAAUGAAAACGUCACACAUUUUAUUCGUUUUGAUAUCGAUUAUAGCAACGACCUUGGCAUGGCGGUCACAAUCAUCGUCAGGCUCGUCAGGCAUUCAAAUUGGUGAACGUGGACCGAAACGCAUAGGCAACAGCGGCGAUAAAGAACGUUUCAAACAAGAAAACCAAAAUGGGAAAAAAGAGGAAAAUACACAACAACAUUUUAAUAUAGGUUUAGUUUUACCGCACACGAGUUUCGGAAAGCGUGAAUACCAGCGUGCAAUUGCAUCGGCUGUGUCGUCAUUACAAAAAAUGCGUGACACAAAAUUACCAUUUUUACGUGAUGUUGAUUUUACUGCGAAAAAUGUUCAUUUCGACAUGAUUUUGUUAACACCGAGUCCAACAACUAUCCUCGAUACGAUGUGCAAAGAUUUUCUACAAGCAAAUGUAUCAGCCAUUAUUUAUUUGGUGAAUUACGAAACAUUUGGACGAAGCACAGCAUCAGCGCAGUACUUUUUACAAUUGGCCAGCUACUUGGGCAUUCCAGUGAUAUCAUGGCAUGCUGAUAAUUCAGGUUUAGAGCGAACAGCGUCACAGUCACGAUUACAAAUUCAAUUGGCCCCAAGCAUUGAGCAUCAGAGCGCUGCCAUGUUGAGCAUACUCGAACGAUAUAAAUGGCAUCAAUUUUCAAUUGUUACAUCGCAAAUUGCUGGACACGAUGAUUUCGUCCAAGCAGUACGUGAACGAGUUAAUGUUAUGCAGGAGCAUUUUAAGUUCACAAUAUUAAAUUCGAUUAUUGUAACGCGAGCCAGUGAUUUAAUGGAACUAGUUAAUAGUGAAUCGCGUAUCAUGCUAUUGUAUUGCACAAAAGGAGAAGCUGCUGACAUUUUACAAUGGGCCGACGAGCUUAAAAUCACUGGCGAAAAAUAUGUUUGGGUUGUCACACAAUCGGUUAUCGAAAAUACACAAGCAAACAAUCAAUUUCCGGUUGGAAUGUUGGGCGUUCAUUUCGAUACAAGUUCGCAGUCAGUUAUCAAUGAAAUUUCGACUGCACUAAAAGUGUAUGCUCUUGGUAUUCAAAGUUACUUGAACGAUCCAGCAAAUGCUGGACGCCGAUUGAAUACACAAUCUUUGAGCUGCGAAGUUGAAGGUAAAUCACGAUGGGAAACUGGCGAAAUAUUUUAUCGUCACCUUCGGAAUGUGUCACUUGACACGGAUAUUAAUAAACCAAAUAUUGAAUUCACUGCUGAUGGUGAUCUUAAAAAUACUGAACUCAAAAUUAUGAACUUGAGACCCAGUGGCAAUAGCAAAAGCUUAGUUUGGGAAGAGAUUGGUACAUGGAAAUCUUGGGCCCAACAAAAAUUAGAUAUUCGAGAUAUAGUGUGGCCGGGCAAUUCCCAUGCACCACCACAAGGCGUUCCGGAAAAAUUUCAUUUGAAGAUUUCGUUUCUUGAGGAACCUCCGUACAUAAGCCUCUCGCCGCCGGAUCCAGUUUCUGGAAAAUGUUUGAUGGAACGUGGUGUUUUGUGCCGAAUCGCUGCAGAAAAUGAUAUAGCAGAUAUCGAUAUAGGGCAAGCUCAUCGGAAUGGAAGUUUUUAUCAAUGCUGUUCAGGCUUUUGUAUCGAUUUGAUUGAAAAGUUUGCCGAACCACUUGGUUUCACUUAUGAAUUGGUGAGAGUAGAGGAUGGAAAAUGGGGAACUCUCGAAAAUGGAAAAUGGAAUGGAUUGAUUGCCGAUUUAGUAAAUAGAAGGGCUGAUAUGGUUCUAACAUCAUUAAUGAUAAAUGCCGAACGUGAGGCUGCGGUUGACUUCAGUGAACCUUUCAUGGAAACUGGCAUCGCUAUCGUUGUGAAUAAACGCACUGGCAUCAUUUCACCCACAGCAUUUUUAGAACCGUUCGACACAUCGAGUUGGAUGUUGGUUGGAAUUGUAGCAAUCCAAGCGGCUACAUUUAUGAUCUUCCUUUUCGAAUGGUUGUCACCGAGCGGUUUUGAUAUGAAAUUAUCGGUGCAAACGAAGGUACCGUAUCGAUUUUCAUUGCUUCGGACGUAUUGGUUGGUUUGGGCGGUUUUGUUUCAAGCAGCUGUACAUGUUGAUAGUCCCCGUGGAUUUACGGCGCGUUUUAUGACGAAUGUUUGGGCGAUGUUUGCUGUUGUCUUCCUUGCUAUUUACACUGCCAAUUUGGCGGCGUUUAUGAUUACUCGUGAAGAAUUCCAUGAGUUCACUGGUUUAGAUGAUUCACGUUUGGCAAGACCAUUUUCGCAAAAACCAUCAUACAAAUUUGGUACCACAAUAUACAGUCACACGGAUUCAACGAUUUCCAAAUACUUUAAGGAGAUGCAUAAUUAUAUGUCACAGUACAAUAAAACGACGGUGAACGAAGGCAUAGCGGCUGUGCUCAAUGGAGGUCUUGAUGCAUUCAUUUACGAUGGAACCGUUUUGGAUUAUCUCGUAUCACAGGAUGAAGAUUGUCGACUACUGGUUGUGGGUAGUUGGUACGCGAUGACUGGGUACGGUCUGGCAUUUAGUAGAAAUUCAAAAUACGUGAACAUGUUUAAUCGUCAAUUGCUUGAGAUGCGAUCGAAUGGUGAUCUGGAGAGAUUGAGGCGAUAUUGGAUGACAGGCACGUGUCGUCCAGGAAAACAAGAGCACAAAUCAUCCGAUCCUCUAGCCUUAGAACAGUUUUUAUCCGCAUUUUUACUGUUGAUGGCCGGCAUUUUGCUUGCAGCUUUACUUUUGUUUUUGGAACAUCUAUAUUUCAAAUACUUCCGAAAGCGUUUAGUGAAAUCGGAUCGAGGCCAAUGUUGUGCUCUCAUUUCACUCUCAAUGGGAAAAUCAUUGACAUUCAGAGGUGCUGUAUAUGAGGCGCAAGAAAUCCUGCGAAAUCAUCGAUGCACAGAUCCAGUUUGCGAUACACAUUUGUGGAAGGUACGCCACGAACUCGAUAUGGCCCGAUUGAGAGUACGACAACUGGAAAAAUCAAUGGAUUCACAUGGCAUUAAGCCACCAAAUUUGAGGCUUUCUUCCGCAUCUGAUCUACUGAAUCAUCACUUCAAAGAACGUCCACCGCUAUUGGGUAACUUGAGCCUUGGUGGUAGCGCACAGGAUCUAUAUAGAUGGUCACUGAAAACAGAAAUUGCCGAAAUCGAAACGGUUUUGUAAAGCAUUGGCUGUUGCUCGAACGGAAUCAAAUAAUAGAAAAUCAAAUUAAACAAAAACCUCACUACCAAUACUAUGUGAUCUCGUUUGCUUUGAAAUCGUGAUGGUUUUAUUAACACUGAAAUCCCAAACCAAAACACAGUUUCGUGGACCAUCAUAACAACCAAAUUCAAUACUCAUGAGAGCCACUCGAAAAAUAGCUUUCGACUCAACUCUGAACGUCAUAAACAAAAAUAGGAGAUUUCAUCGUUCAUUACAUUUUCCAUGUGUCAUUCUUUCAAUUUUAUUCAGGUCAUUUUGAAUUAGCUUCAAAGCACGAGAGCAUACCAAAUGAGGGAAAUGGUUUCCAUUUUAAUUUUUUUUUUUUUUGGUUUGGAAAAUCUCAUGGGAAUCAAAACACAAAUACAAACAGUUACAGAUAUUGUAUACCGAAAAUAUUUAAAACAUUCGUUACACUCAACCAUGACAUAAAACAUUUGAGCAAUUGCUUAAAUCAAACCAUUAAAACAAAAUUUUACAUCACAUUUAGGUAGAAUUUAUUAUUAGGUACUCUAAAAAAACCAAUUUGUUACCAAUCACAGUCCAUAUUCUAACGUGAAAUGAGCACUCUAACAGUCAGGGGAUGUAUAACAUUUAAGAGAAUGACCACACGGUCAGAAUGGGUUGUGCUUUCGAACAAAAUGAUUGUACUAGAUGUAAAAGGAAACCGGCGACAAAAGUUAGUCGCGAUUUACCCAAUUCACCCGUUUCUACCACCGAACCAAAGAGACAAGCACUGUGUGAACGUAACAGUGGAUCAGUAGAUGAAACAAUUCAUACGCUUAAAAGGAUUUUCAAUCAGUUUUUGUACAGAUAUCAAAACAAACAAAGAAACAAACAAACAAACAAAAGAAAACAAAUAAAGAUAGCAAAAGAAGAUGCUAAACGACGAAGGAGGUGUUGAACAACAAACCGAAUUUUAUUAUAAAUUAAUAUCGUAAUUAAAAUUCGUCAAGCUAAUACAUAAAUAGGUGUUGAUAAUUAAAAUUGAUAAAAAAAAAACAUUAUUAUCAGUAGCUGGAACAAGGGAACGCUUUUCAUUGUCAUUAUACCAGGUUAGAUUUUGCAAACAAUAUCAUAAAACGAAUGGAACGAUACAAAAGAAAUUCUUUGUUCGAAGGCUAUCCUUUACUGAUUUGAACACAGCAAAGUCUUAUUCGUGUAUAGGCAAUGUUAAAUAAGAUUAAUUAUCAGUAGAUUUCAUCACUAUACACGCUGAAUUAGAAAUUUAAAUGGAAAAAGAUUUAUCAGUUCAUUAAAAUUCACCGCCCGCUCAAAUAGAAUAAAAAACCCAACAAACAAGUAUGCACCUGAUUGUUAAUAAACAUUAUGACAUGGUAUAUAUUAUUAAAUGUGAAAUAUAGUAGAGCAAAUCAUUUAAAGCGAUACAUAUAUAUUGAAUGUUAAACGUUGACACAAUGAUUUUAUGUGUAAGCAUUUCAUUAUUUUGUUUAGUUUAGGUCAUUGUAAUGUAUUUAGGUUGGAAUUGUGUUGCAUUUUGUGCACCAAAAAUCAUCAUGUUGUUAGUUAUGUUGUUAUAAUAAAAAAAACAAGAAGUCCGCUCAUUUAUCUAUCGAAUAGACAAUAAAAAUAAAAUGCACGAACGUUAACAAAAUUCAACUGUGCCAAAGAAAUUAAGAAGAAAUACCAAUUCAAAACACUUUACAGAAGACAAUGCAUCCUUACAAGAUAUUUAAAAAAAUGAAACAAAAGAAAAUUAAUACAAUGAAACCUUUCCUUAGGUUAGAAAUAUUCAAAAGUGCACUAAAUGGAAUGCAUUGUGUUUAUAGAAUGUUCAGUGUGUGCCGAAUUUUUUUAAAGUAUCAAUUACACUUUUGCAUAGCAAAACGCUACGUCCUAAUUUGUAGAUAAAUAUUUUGGUAGUCAGAUUCCUGAACAAUUUUUCACGCUUCUUUCCACAUUAUUCAUUUUACCUUCCCAUUCGGUUGCACUUUUUGCGGCUCCUUUCUUUCGUUCAAUAUUUAUUUUGGGAAAACAGGUUUGAACAAAUGAAAUUAUUAUAUUACCCAGUUCAUUAUUGUUCUAAUGAAUGACAUUUUUUUUUUUGUGUGGAAAUUUCAUUGGAAAUGUUUUUUAAAAUUCAAUUAACAACCAUAAAUGUAAAAUGAAUAUUUUAAAUGCCAACAGAAACAAAAAAUGUUGAAAUUUUAUUAUUGAAUGGUGAAACAUAAACGUUAGAUGUAUUAUGAUGUUUACGAUGAAUGUUAUCCAAAAUUAUAGCAACCAGAAGAAGAAGAAGAAGAAUAAGAAGAAGAAAAUACACCUAAUUGCGUAAAUGUUUGACAUCACCAUAAUUGGAAUUAUAAAUAAAAGUAUAAAAAAAGGAAAUAAAGAAAUAAAUAAAUGAAAACCUUUCAAA